GCUCGGGUGUUGCCAUAUUGCGACCCCAAAAAACGCGUCGCCGUUAAGGUGUACUUGGCGAACGUCAAGAUGACCUUCCGUGCAUGAGGAUCGGCCUUAGCUCAUUUGCACACGCCGAAAAACGUUCGACUUUAGAAGAAACCCUCCUUCAAAAACGAAACCGUCUCGAACUCAAAGGCAGCCAUGCCGCCAUCUAGCAUCGAAGCUCUGCUAGAACGUCUCAAGAAAGAUGUUCCCAUCAAGGAGCCCCCGAAGGUUGAGGCGCCCCAGGCGGUGGCGGCGGCGGAUAACUCUACGGUAACAUCAGCGACAGAAGAAGAGCAAGUGAUAGAAGUAUUCAUUCACAAGGCUUCCGAUCUAACGCACAUUCCUCCAUGGGGCAUCGUGAUGAUCUUCUUGGCAGUCGCCCUGUUGUUCCUCUGCAUUUGCUUCUGCUGCAUCAGGCGUUGGUGCAGACGCCGUAAGAAGGAUGGCAAGAAAGGAGGCCUCAAGGGAGCAGUGGACCUCAAAGGGGUACAGCUCCUCGGAAAUGCCUACAAAGAAAAGGUUCAACCAGACAUGGAAGAACUUCAAGAGAACAUGGAAGACAACGAAGGCGAUGGAGAAAGCAAAAAAUCUGAAGAAAAGCUGGGCCGUCUACAGUUCAAGUUGGAUUACGACUUCAAUACGAACAAUCUGGCUGUGACGGUUAUCCAAGCGGAAGACCUUCCAGGACUGGACAUGUCAGGAACGUCCGAUCCAUACGUAAAAGUCUACCUGCUACCAGACAAAAAGAAAAAGUACGAGACGAAGGUCCACAGGAAAACGCUUAAUCCUGUCUUCAACGAAACCUUUAACUUCAAGGUUCCCUACGCUGAGAUCACAUCAAAGACGCUGGUGUUCGCCAUAUUCGACUUCGACCGCUUCUCGAAGCACGACCAAAUCGGCGAGGUGAAAGUGCCCAUGAAUACGGUGGAUCUGGCGCAAACCAUCGAAGAGUGGCGGGACUUGACGGGAGUCGAAGGGGAACAGGGACAGGAAAACAAGCUGGGCGACAUCUGCUUCUCCUUGCGCUAUGUGCCGACGGCUGGAAAACUUACAGUCGUCGUACUUGAAGCUAAGAACCUCAAGAAAAUGGACGUUGGCGGACUAUCAGAUCCGUACGUGAAGAUUGCCCUUAUGAUGAACGGCAAAAGGCUGAAAAAGAAAAAGACAAGUAUCAAGAAAUGCACAUUGAAUCCUUACUACAAUGAGUCCUUCACAUUCGAGGUGCCCUUUGAACAAAUACAGAAGGUGCAAUUGGUGGUGACGGUGGUCGACUAUGACCGCAUCGGGACAUCGGAACCCAUCGGGAAGGUUGUGCUCGGGUGCAACGCCACGGGAACGGAGCUCCGCCAUUGGAUGGACAUGCUAGCAUCUCCGAGGCGACCCAUCGCCCAAUGGCAUUCACUUAAGGAUCCCAGCGACGGUCAGGACAACUAAACGGUGCGACUCUGGCCGAGAACUUUGUCGCAGGGACCUGCUCUUCUUCCUCCGUCUCUUCCUGUAUGUUAAUUGCACGUGACUAUAAUAGUCCGCUCAGUUUGGGGGCCUCCUGGGUAAUGCGAAUGACCCAAAGUGGAACUACUUCAUUCUUCGGGAAACACCGCCAGAGGGCCAUUCCUCAACUAGGAUUCAAGGCAAAUUUCCCAUUUUGACAAAAAAAAAGGCAUCAUAAAUAAUAUUUCAUCCAGAUAAGGCCUGAAAGGGGGUUGCUUGAUUGCAACCUCCGGGCACAGCAACUCAUUGAUAGGUUGAACAAGUUUGUUUACGCAGAUAUAGCAAACUCUAUGGACCAUCUCUAGUAUUCGAAAUAAUCUAAACGCUUCUUUUCUUGCGUUUUUAGGAUACCAAAGUACGCUUUGUUGAAUUUUAUCAAAAACAAAAACCGACGACGAACCUUAAUUAUUUCUUUUUUUUUUUUACGUACAAAGUGUCGAAGUCUAAAAAAAAGCGCCAUGACAAAUUGCGUGUCACUGGCAGUACUCAGUUUAAUAAUGCUAUACCGGUAACGGUAAGCGCAUGUGUUAGCGCAUGGUAAGGUACAGAUGCCGGUAUGUUACCGCCUUCGCUUAGACCUUUGAGAUCUGUACAGUACAAUGUGUAGGAUUCUAAGCCAAGCCGAGGUACCGGCAGCUUACCAUGCACCUUCGCUUAGACUUUUUGAGAUCCAUAUGACACAUGGCGUGAAUUGUAAUCCAGGCCGCUUGCAUUUCAGCGGUGUUUCGCUUGUCUCUCCUUGUGAGUAAAUCAGAACCGUGAAUCUCUAUCUGUGCCAUGCUAUUCGAGGCAUCGACGGUGACACGAAAUCUCUUUUGGUGACAUCUUUGGUUCUUCAAUCUAUCGAUGCAUUAGCGUAUACAUUUCUGAGUGUGGGAUUUCAGGAAAAUCCCUGUAGGUACUUUGCGGUCGCUGGCGACAAGAAAUAAGUGGCGCAACAAAUAUGCAUUGUAAGGAAAAAAGAAAAAAGUUUUUUUUCACCGCUCUUAAUUACAAUUUCACGUUGAAGCUUACAGCGUCCCUUUUUCUGUUCAGCCACACGUUUCUGUGGACGUCCGGUGUUUGUUGGAGAGAGAGAAAAGGAGAGAGGAGAGAGAAAAGGAGAGAGAGAGAGCAAGAGAAUAGUGGAAGAGCUUUCUUGCGUCACGUUACAUGAUGUGACCAAUGAGAAGGCUUUGCACACGCCACUUUUGGGGGUCAGUUUGACGGGUACAUUUUCUCCAGGAAUUCCGAAACUAACCUCUAAAGCCAUGGUGCUGACAUUUGCAAAACCGAUACAGGAAAUUAGCAGUGGUGUGUCACAUGGCGGCCGCCCCCUCCCCCCUCCUUUCGUAAUAAGCCACCGCCGUUGCUUCAUUCAUGAUGUACAGCAAGAGGGAUAAUCAGGUUUUGCAGUUCCAGUUAAGUGUUCCGUUCAGCGUUGUACUGUUGUAGUGAGCGCCAUAUUGGACAGGGAAAGCUGUACUAAUUAGGUUGACGUCAAACUUGAACUGACUAAGGUUUACUCUAGGUACGCUGAACUAUACUCUAAGUUCUAGGGUUUGUUUUACUUUUUCUUUUCUUUUUUUUCUUACUUAGUUUAGUUUUCGGCUUUUAAUUCUCUUUUACAAUUCCACGUAAAAAUCGGAACCGAUCACUUUGUCUGAAAUUCUGGAUGUAUCGUUGCAAUUUUCGAUAUUUCGCCGCUCGAAGAAAAAAAACAAAAAGAAAAAACAAAAACAAAUAACUUGUCUUCGUAAAAUAAAUUUCGUUUUUGUCUUCA